AUGUAUACUUCUGACGUAAUGAAUGACGUCAUCGUCGUCGCCGCUCUCAACUUUUUAUGCUCCUCUACAUGCCUGGCUCAAGAAAGUGUUGACGUAAACGAGGGAGUGAGUGUGGCCGUUGACGCCCUGACCUCCAUCCUGAUGACCUACAGCAUCCUUGUCGUCUUCAUCAUGCUCAUCAAUGAGAGGAGGAGGAAAAAGUUUGGUGGAGGGUGUAGUGGUGAGGAGAAAGAGGAAGAAGAUGAGGAGGAAGUAGAAGAUAAGGAGGAAGUAGAAGAUGAGGAGGAAGGAGAAGAAGAUUAA